CAGCCCCGAACCCCCUGGCUACGCUUUGCGUCGCUCUGCCAGGAGCAGUCACCUCCUCCUUGACAAAUAGUCCUCGGCGGGGGCCCCCGGUUCUCGGCUCCGGGGGGCAGGGAGGCGCGAGGGGUCGCCGUGAGGGGACGCGGCGUCGACCGGGAGAGGCCGGCAGGGACGGGAGCCGCCGCGGCCGGGCGCGAAGUUAGUUAAAAACUCCCUCCCCGCCGCCCGGGAUCCCUCCGCCUGCAGUCGCGGUGGUGAGGCCGAGGGAGCCGCCAUUUUGGAUGUUCGGUUCCUGCUGCCGCUGCCGCCGCCGCCCCCGGAGCUGCCGGUUUCCUUCGAGGUUUCGGGCCGAGGAUGCCAGCCCCCAUCAGAUUGCGGGAGCUGAUCCGGACCAUCCGGACAGCCCGAACCCAAGCCGAAGAACGAGAAAUGAUCCAGAAAGAGUGUGCUGCGAUCCGGUCAUCAUUUAGAGAGGAAGACAAUACAUACCGGUGUCGGAAUGUGGCAAAAUUACUAUAUAUGCACAUGCUGGGCUACCCUGCUCACUUUGGACAGUUGGAGUGCCUCAAGCUUAUCGCCUCUCAAAAAUUCACAGACAAACGCAUUGGUUAUUUAGGGGCCAUGCUGCUGUUAGACGAAAGGCAAGAUGUCCAUCUUCUCAUGACCAACUGUAUCAAGAAUGAUCUUAACCACAGCACGCAAUACGUCCAGGGGCUAGCACUUUGUACCCUCGGCUGCAUGGGCUCUUCAGAGAUGUGCAGAGAUCUUGCAGGGGAAGUGGAGAAACUCUUGAAAACCUCCAACUCUUACUUAAGAAAAAAGGCAGCACUGUGUGCUGUUCACGUCAUCAGGAAGGUUCCUGAACUUAUGGAGAUGUUUUUACCAGCAACAAAAAAUUUAUUGAAUGAAAAGAACCAUGGUGUUCUCCACACAUCUGUAGUCCUCCUCACAGAGAUGUGUGAGCGCAGCCCUGACAUGCUCGCACAUUUCAGAAAGCUUGUGCCCCAAUUAGUUCGUAUUUUAAAGAACCUCAUCAUGUCCGGAUAUUCACCAGAACAUGAUGUUUCUGGUAUCAGUGACCCCUUUUUGCAGGUACGAAUUUUGCGGUUAUUAAGAAUUUUAGGACGAAAUGAUGAUGACUCAAGUGAAGCUAUGAAUGAUAUUUUAGCACAGGUUGCCACCAAUACAGAGACUAGUAAAAAUGUAGGAAACGCUAUUCUUUAUGAAACGGUUUUGACUAUCAUGGACAUUAAGUCAGAGAGUGGACUGCGAGUCCUUGCCAUAAACAUACUGGGGCGUUUCUUAUUGAACAAUGACAAGAAUAUUAGAUAUGUAGCUCUGACAUCUUUGUUGAAGACUGUGCAGACAGAUCAUAAUGCAGUACAGAGACACAGAAGCACAAUUGUGGACUGUCUAAAAGACUUGGAUGUCUCAAUAAAACGGCGUGCAAUGGAAUUGAGUUUUGCCCUGGUAAAUGGGAAUAAUAUCCGAGGCAUGAUGAAGGAAUUACUUUAUUUUCUUGAUUCAUGUGAACCAGAAUUCAAAGCAGACUGUGCAUCUGGAAUCUUUCUUGCUGCAGAAAAGUACGCACCUUCCAAACGGUGGCAUAUAGACACAAUUAUGCGUGUUCUGACAACGGCAGGAAGCUAUGUUCGUGACGAUGCAGUCCCCAAUUUGAUCCAGUUAAUAACCAAUAGUGUGGAGAUGCAUGCCUAUACUGUCCAACGCCUGUACAAAGCAAUUCUUGGUGAUUAUUCACAACAACCUUUGGUCCAAGUAGCUGCCUGGUGUAUAGGUGAAUACGGUGAUCUCCUUGUAUCCGGCCAGUGUGAAGAGGAAGAGCCUAUUCAGGUAACAGAGGAUGAGGUAUUGGAUAUUUUAGAAAGUGUCCUGAUCUCUAAUAUGUCCACCUCUGUGACUCGAGGUUAUGCCCUCACUGCCAUUAUGAAGCUUUCUACUAGAUUCACCUGUACUGUAAACCGAAUUAAGAAAGUGGUUUCAAUCUAUGGAAGCAGCAUUGACGUGGAGCUCCAGCAGAGGGCAGUAGAAUAUAAUGCACUUUUUAAGAAAUACGACCACAUGAGGUCUGCCUUGCUGGAGAGAAUGCCUGUCAUGGAAAAACUGACCACAAAUGGUCCUACCGAGAUCGUACAGACAAAUGGAGAAACAGAACCAGCUCCGCUAGAAACCAAACCACCACCCUCGGGGCCACAGCCCACCAGCCAGGCCAAUGAUUUAUUGGACUUGUUGGGAGGAAAUGACAUAACACCUGUUAUUCCAACUGCACCUACAAGCAAACCAGCAUCUGCUGGUGGAGAACUUCUUGAUUUAUUGGGAGACAUCAACCUUACAGGUGCUCCAGCUGCUGCUCCGUCCCCUGCCCCAGUGUCACAGGUAUCCCAGCCUCCCUUCUUAUUGGAUGGGCUCUCAUCGCAGCCUCUCUUCAAUGACAUCGCCACAGGCAUCCCCUCCAUCACCGCUUACAGUAAGAAUGGCUUGAAGAUCGAGUUCACCUUUGAACGGUCAAACACCAACCCCAGCGUCACGGUGAUAACGAUACAGGCCUCCAACAGCACAGAGCUGGACAUGACGGAUUUUGUUUUCCAGGCUGCAGUACCAAAGACAUUCCAGCUGCAGCUGCUGUCUCCUAGCAGUAGCAUCGUCCCAGCGUUCAACACGGGGACCAUCACACAAGUCAUUAAAGUUCUGAACCCACAGAAGCAACAGCUGCGAAUGCGGAUCAAGCUCACGUAUAAUCACAAGGGCUCAGCAAUGCAAGAUCUAGCAGAGGUGAACAACUUUCCUCCUCAGUCCUGGCAAUGAGAGUCCAGCACCAUUCUCAUUCUUAUCCCACUCAAUCAACGGAACUCUGGGAAGGAGGUUGUGGUCGCUGGCAAGUCCCCCCCAACUGUACCAUGGGCAUGAGGAGCUGAAGAGAACUGUUGAGGAGGAUUUUCCUAACGUUGUCGCUGAUCUUGAAGCAUUGUUAAAGACUAAUCUCCUCUCCUCCACCGUUGAGGCCGGCUGCUUCUGGAGACUACUUUGCACUCUUCUCCUCUUCUCCUUUUUUCCGUACUUCCCCGCCCCUCUCACAUUUAUAGCCAGAAUCAACAUUCCCGGGCCCCUGAGGAAAUCAGCAGCUGGUCUGGAGGAGAGGACCUGGAAUCCAUGGCGAGAAAACACUCACUCUGUCUCUGCAGCAAAGAGUUGCCCCUUCUUUCUACUGUGUUUCUCUGUGAACUGGGCAAGGUGGGGCAUUUAUUCCUCACUAGCUGGGUUACCAUCUUCAGGCGCUUUCUACAUCCGGCAUUCAGAAUGGAAAUGUAACAAUGGACAUUAGGGAGCCCUGCCUUUUUCUACUGGUUCCCCCAAUGUUUGAAAGAGGCAAUAGGCUCCUGGUGGCCUUUUCUGUGCAUUGCUGUAUACACACAGACACACACAUGUAUGUAUGUAUGUUACCAAGAACUGGUCAGACUUUGAGAGGUUAUUUGUAAACACUGGACAGAUGCAGUUGAAAAGAGCUUUUGUUGAGAUUUGGCAUGAAGGAUAUGGUGCUCUAUUUGUAACAGAAACUUCCAAGGCUCUUCCAGCUCCCCUUUCUCUCCAUUCUCUAGCAGUAGUCAUGAAUAUUGUCCAUGAUUUUCAAAAUUGACUCCCCAUAAAGUGCAAAGUGGACACAGCUUCUAAAAGAUACUCAGAUUUAUUCCCACCACAAAUUCUCAAGUUUCUCUUAAGCCCGUAACUUGCCUGUUGAACUUCGGUAAAAGGGUGGAAAGAGGAGGUCUCCACUUUUAUUAAAAAUCAGACUCCUUACAAACGCACCUUUGCCCAUAGGAGGAAUGAGUUUGAGGCUCAUCCUAGAGCUAGUGGAGUCAUCUCCAUUACUAUAAACCUCCCUUUUUAUUUCCUGAGCCUGGCUUAGACCUUGGCAUUCCGUUUGAAUUCCUUCUUCUAACUGGAACAUUUGUGUUGUAUCUGUAACACUGGCACUGAAAUAAAGACCACACGGUUAAAGAAAUCUUUCCUAUAUUGUACUUUAUGAUGUUGGAACAGAGCCUUGCAGCUUCCUUGCCCAUAUGUCCGAGGAAGUCUUAAGGACACCAUAAGGGAGGACUCCCUGAGUCUGGUCUCUUGAGGCCAGUCUCUUGAGUAUCUGCAUCAAAGACUUGAGGUGUGGAGCUCUGGAAACCAGUGAGAAUGCUGAGUGCUUUUCAGAAAGGUCCCUUUUGUUUCCAAACCUUAGCACUGAGUUGCUGGAAUGUGGUGGGGUGAGUCCUGUGCUACCUGCUGAAUGUACUGUGUACAUUCUCAUCCACCGCUGCCAUGUCUGGUAUUCUGAAGAAGAAAGGAACAGUCAGGCCCACCUUGCUCUUAAAAUGUUAGCAAUCAUUACUGUAUUGAGUACAGUAUAAGGACUACUUUGGUUUUGAUCUUAACCUUGGGUAAAAAUAUCCAUUUUUUCCUCCUUUUCACCAAGCCUUUACUUAAAAAUCUUCAGUGUCUCGUCAAAUCUAGCUCUGUAUCAGAUGCUAGUCUAUUCCAAACAUUUGACAAACUGGAGUUGACUAAAGGCUCCAAAGGGGAAAUUUUUUGGUCUUAUUAAUAGUAUGUAAGAGCAAGAUCUGCUAAAACUACUCCACUGGGUAAAUGGUUGACUGAGUCAAGAAUGAAAUAUUAUCUGUGCAUAGUUUUUAGUAAAAUAAGUGUGGACUAGUUUAUAUUUCAUACAACUGCUCUGCCUGUGCAAUGAAAAAUAGCCUUUAAAGUUUUCUUUGCAGACUGAUUUCAUUGGAUGGAUACUUAAUGCUGUGAAACUUGAUAGGAUUAACAUAAUAUGGUGGAUUUCUUGAAUAGAUUUUGUCUGACAUUCCUCUUUGUGGUAGAGGCUUUAUUUUCUCUCUUAUGUUUAUAGUUAACUAGCUCAAGUUUCUUUAGUCGAACAGAGUUGAAUCUCAGAAAUCUGCUGAAGAUUAUGCCAUAAGACAUUGCUUGUUAAUGGGGCUGGAGAGGGUCUGCUCGGGUAACAGAGCAUCCCCUUGGGUGAUCUCGUUUUGAGGUAGAGUUAUAUGAUCAUCCAUAGCUUUGUCUAGAAAGAACAAAAAUCAUGGCCUUAAUACAAAGGGUGCUGCGUUACUAAGUGAUUUCAGAGAGCAAAUCUGAGCAUCAUACUGAGAGCCGGUGGCCAGGUAACUGCCGAGGGGGCGGAUGGCUGUGAAGACCGUUCCAAUCGACUGGAUCUUGGAGAGCGUCAGCGUGCCUUAGUUUCUAGGAUCAGAAUCAGGUCUCCUUUCACUCGGCCUUGCUGCUAAAAGGAGAAACCUCUUAAUUUCUAUGGAUACUUGCACAUUUUUCGUAGUUUCUUUCCUUAGUCUCACCAUUGAGGGGGAGCUAAUUUGGAUAGAUGUAUACCUGUAGAGCCACUGAGAGGAGUGAUUUCCAUGGCUGUUGAAUAACUCCAGGGUGACAUGCAGUGAGCCUACACUCACUCGGCCAAUUUCACACGCACUUUUACCUCACUUGCCCCACCUUUUUCAGAGUAAUUUGUAUCCUAUCUGCUCCCCUCCUUCUCCAUUGGUCCUAAGGGAGAGUCAGAAGACGGCUGCAGUGGGCUCUGUGUGAGGAACGUCUCCGACAGCGCUGUUGCCUGGCGGUGACUGGACAGCCAUGGGAGGUGUCAUGCUGUGUAUAUGAUCAUCUGUGCAUUUUAAGGCCUUUCUUAAUUUAAAGAAACAUUCCUCAAAGUUAAGUUUUAAGGGGGAGUCUUUCCUCUUGCUAAAUUAAAGAUGUGGUUCCUUUCCCUUGUUUGUUCAAUUCAUAUAAGAAAAUAGACUUUGAAACUGUCCAGGACAAAUGGUUUGAAUUGCUUACUUUAUAACUUGCUUUCCAUUUUUAUGUUCUUCUAGGGCAGGCUGGAAGUUAGGGGAUACUACUUUUGAGGUUCAUCUUCAUUAUCCUUCUGCAUAGGGGAAAUAACUUGAGUCAUGGGGAGUAGGGGAACGAAAGAAAAUUUGAAUGUGUGUAUUUUUUUCCCUUAUGAAUGUAUUUCAUCCACAUUGUCCUAAGACAGAGAGCAAAGAGUGGAUAGUCAUGAACUUCGUGUUUCGGCUCGGGUGGGGUGGGGGGCGGUACAGGUGUGUGUUCUCAUGAGUUUGGGAGUUGGGGAGAAUCACGUUGGGAGAAUGACUCAGAAAAUUCCUGAAGUUUGAAACACUUUGGCCAGCUUUGGCUCAGGAAAGUGGGGCUGCAUGUAAAACUGGAAGUGAAAAACUCUUUUCAAGCAAUAGCGGUGAGUGGAUCCCGUGUAAAGAGUUUCAGGAUGUGGAACACUUGAACAGAAGAAAAUGCUGAGGCAGCUCACUCCGUUGCUUCAUGUACUUCCUUCCACAAGGUUGAUUUGGGCUUCAAGAUGGCGCAUUGGAGUUUUUUGUUUUGUUUUGUUUUUGGAACCUGCUGUUGCGCUUUGUGUGUUUUGUUUUUGUUCUCUCCUUGGGGUUUCCUGGGGAAGAGCAUCUGAACUCUUUCCUUUGUGAGCUCCUGCUGUGUCCCUGUAAAGGCCCCUUUUCUUUCAUGAUGUUGUAAGUUACGUUCUCAUUAAGCCCCAUCACAUCUUCUUUACUGUAAAAAUAUUAAAAGGCUGUUUCCAAGUGAGACAGCUAAUGAAGUUCUAAUUAUUGCAGACAUAUUUUUGAGAUGUAAAAAAAAUUUAAAAUUAAAUGGUAAGUCUUAGAGGCGAGAGGAAUAAAAUGGAUGUAAACAUUUACAUGGGAUGCAUUAGAAUUCUGCUGUGUAUUGUCUUUUGGUUGAAACAAAUUAUGAACAGUGACUAAUAAUAAAAAGUCAAUACUCAAUGAUUUAAAA